AUGAGUGAGAAGGAAAACCCGUUCGCUCUGAACAUGUACGCGAUUCAGCGACAAGAGUCUGCAUUCAGUCAGGCCCUUGUUGAUUCUCAGAUGGUCCAUGACAUCCCACCCCAGGGUUACGAUACGAUAAUUGAUAGACAGCGCACCAACGGACCAGAGCAGGUAGAGGGGGAAGGAGCAGGCAACAGCCAGCUGAUGUGUUACGUGUGCCAGCCCAGUCUGGUUGGGGAUUCGAAGAGCCAGGAGGAAGCUUUCAAGGUGGUGACAAAGCUCGUUCAAGAUUUCCCAGGGGAAAAGAUCGGACUCUGCGAACAGUUCAACGCAAGGAAUGCCACCUUCCAGAAGCUUUGUAAAGAUGACCGAUCCGUCGCCGUCUGCCUGGACAUCUCCAAUGGUAGGAUCUGGAAAGCGAGGGGAUGUGGUAAACAGGAUCAGGGCAAGAACCUGGAAUGCGGCAGGAGUGGGUCGGUUCAAACAUGCAUGUGCGACGAUGAUAGAUGCAACAUGGUCAAUGCUGCCAUCUCCAACACCGUCUCCUUCCUCCUCGUUCCCGUCCUGAUCGCCAUCGGCUUUUCCCUUUCUAUGUUCCCAUGAAUCCUCAUGGGACCGCCCCUUUAUAAAUCUAGCUAGAUUUCGACGAGACCGAGGAUAUUUUGGCUCAGUCACACCCAUGCAGACACUCUUUUUCCCCUGAACGCAAUGGUCCAGCGAAAGAGGAAAACUGGCUAAAAGGGACGAUUCAUCAACUUCGGCUUGAUGCAUUUCUUGAGCG